CCCAGCAUUCAGUGUAGCUGAAAGAGGUUUUCACUCUGCACCUGCCAAAGAUCUCUCCCCCCUCUCCCCUUCUCUCUCUCUUCCCCCCUCCCUUUCCUUUCUCUUUCUGUCUCGCUAAACGGCAGAUCUGUAAGACCCAGCAGAGAUCAAAGACGGGACCUCUUUGCUAAAAGGAACCUCUACCGAUCUAUAUUAGUUUCUUUCCUCUAAUCUCUCCCCUCUCUUUUUUUUCCCCUGUGCCAUAUUUAACCUUUAUGUUGCAGUUGUGCCAUCAGACAGUUUUGCAGCCAAAAGAAAAUCAACCCAAGCCAAAUCGAAAGCCCAGCUUGGAUACAGCAGCCACACAGACUUGAUCUCAGUUGAACAUACUAAUCUUUCCCAAGCACUGGACGCAAUGGAUGAAGAAACUGGAUCUGCUCUAAGAAAAUCAUUUUCCAGCCAAUGUUCUUAAACAGUCUCAGAGAAGAGAAGGAGCGAGAGCGAGCGGGAGAGUGCUUCUGCUGCAUCACUGGUCACAUUCAAAGGAAAGGAGCCAGCAUUUCCAGCACAGCCAAAUAUUAUGGAUGAUUUGUUUUCUUCUGCCGCCUUUCCGUACAGGUUUUAUUAAUAUUAUUCUUUCCCUCUCCCCAUCUUUUUUUAUUUAAUCAGCGCUAGUAUCAGAUGCUGGUUUCUCGUCAAGAACCAGUUUUCCCUAUUUGUCGCGAUCCCUGUAAUAAAGAGAGAAAUCGUGAACAGAUGGCUUUAUAUAUUGCAAUGCCUCUGGCUUUGUUUUCCUAUUGAUUUUAAAGGCUCGGUCCGGUGCUCUUUUUUCGUUUUCUCUCCCCCCCCCCCCUUUUUUUUUUCUUGUGUUUUUUUUUCCUGUUUUUUUUCCCUCCCCCUCCUCCUAAGUUCUUGAUGAUACUGAGAAAUGAGGACCUAUUGUUUUUAGCCUGCUUAUUUCUCGGCGCCUAUGGAGAUAACUUUAUUGACUUGAUCGCUCGCUUCUCGACCCGCGAGGAGGCCGCCCGAGGCGCGGGGGGGAGCGGCCGACCCCCGCCCGCCGCGGCUCGCUCCGCCGAAGCGCUCCCCGCCGCCUCCCCUCCCCUCCUCCCCCCCGGUAAUUUCUGAGCCGCCCCGGCCAUGAAAAUGCUCCUGGUCCGCAAGUUCCGGGUGCUGAUCCUCAUGGUGUUCCUCGUCGCCUGCACCAUGCACAUCAUGAUCGACCUGCUGCCGCGGCUGGAGCGGCGGGGGGCCGACGGCCGCCCCGGCUGCUCCUGCCCGCCGCCCGCCGCCGCGCCGCCCCGCGCCGCCCCGCGCUGGCCCGGCAAGCACACGCUGCGGAUCCUGCAGGACUUCAGCGCCGAGCCGGGCUCCAACCUCUCCUCGCAGUCGCGGGAGGCGGCGGAGCGGGCGGCGGGCGGCGGCGGCGGCGGCGGCGCGGCGGCGGCGGGGCGGGCGCGGCGGCUCAUCGGCCCCGGGGCACCGCGCCCGCCGCCCCCCGCCGCCGCCGCCGCGCCGCUGGCCGCCCUCUUCCAGCACCCGCUCUACCGCGCCGCCCUGCCCCCGCUGGCCGACGCCGACGUCCUCUUCAAUGUCAACAGCGACAUCAGGUUCAACCCCAAGGCGGCCGAGCAGCCCGAGUGGCAAAAUGAAGAUAAUGAAGAAUUUUUGCCAACUGGAGAAACCUCCAUAGACUCCUACCCAAACUGGUUAAAAUUCCACAUUGGCAUUAAUCGGUACGAGUUGUAUUCCAGACAUAAUCCUGCAAUUGAGGCUUUACUACAAGACCUGGUCUCCCAAAAGAUAACCAGUGUUGCAAUGAAAUCAGGAGGCACCCAACUGAAGCUGAUCAUGACAUUCCAGAAUUAUGGACAAGCACUGUUUAAACCCAUGAAACAAACCAGAGAACAAGAAACCCCUCCUGACUUUUUUUAUUUCUCAGACUAUGAAAGACAUAAUGCAGAAAUAGCAGCAUUUCAUUUGGACAGGAUCCUGGAUUUCCGUCGUGUCCCCCCUGUUGCAGGCAGACUGGUUAACAUGACCAGAGAAAUACGAGAUGUUACUCGUGACAAGAAACUGUGGAGAACGUUUUUCAUCUCACCAGCUAACAACAUCUGCUUCUAUGGCGAAUGCUCGUACUACUGCUCAACUGAGCAUGCCCUGUGUGGGAAACCAGAUCAGAUUGAAGGGUCUCUAGCUGCUUUCCUACCUGAUUUGUCUUUAGCUAAAAGGAAAACCUGGAGAAAUCCUUGGAGACGGUCCUACCACAAGCGCAAGAAAGCAGAAUGGGAAGUUGAUCCAGAUUAUUGCGAAGAGGUUAAACAAACACCCCCAUAUAACAGUGGGACCAGAAUCCUGGAUAUAAUGGAUAUGACAAUUUUUGAUUUCCUAAUGGGUAACAUGGAUCGACAUCACUACGAAACCUUUGAAAAGUUUGGAAAUGAAACAUUUAUUAUCCAUUUAGAUAAUGGAAGAGGGUUUGGAAAAUAUUCCCACGACGAACUUUCCAUAUUGGUGCCUUUAAACCAGUGCUGCAGAAUAAGGAAGUCUACCUAUCUGCGAUUACAGUUGUUAGCCAAGGAGGAGUACAAACUCAGCCUCUUGAUGAAGGAGUCUUUGCUAAAGGAUAAAAUAGCGCCCAUUCUCUACCAGCCUCACUUGGAGGCCAUGGACAGGCGGCUACGGAUCGUUCUCAAGGCUGUUAGCGACUGUAUAGAAAAGGAUGGUUACGACAACGUGGUUGAAAAUGACUUUAACACUGAUGUUAACACUGUUACAACCGAGAGGUAGUAAAAUCAUGAAAUCGCAAGACUAUGUUUUUACCAGCCAAGUAAAGAAGAUUCAAAAAGGAAAAAAAAAAGAAAAAAAAAAAAAAAAAAAAAAAAAGAAGUCUUGCAAAAGACUGUAUAUGCCACUUUGUGAAUUCAGUGAAUUCAGAAAUGAGAUAUAAUUGUUCCAAAAGUAGGUAAAGUGUAGACUCUGCAAAGGAUUAGUUCAUUAAGAUAAAUAAGUCUAAUGUGAUGCUUUUCAUUAGUACCUAAAAGAGAUUAUGAAAAGAUUCAGAAUAUGUUCAGAUCACUGACAGACAACAGUCUGAUAGCAAACCACCUCCUGUCCUUUUUGUAUAGAAAGGAGGCCUUUACUUAAUAUUUUGUAUUUAUAUAUGGUAUAUCUACGAAAUCCAGACCUACCUACCAAAUUUAACUAAAGAGGGACAGCAUAGUUCUGUGACUCACACUUUAUUUGUGGUGACAGUCCACUUAGCAUUGUGUUAACCCUUUAAGUGCUCUAAUUCACUGUAUCUUAUUUAAAUUGAAUGCUUUUUUUCAGCUACUCAGCAUUUAAAGGGUUAAGGCAUUACAAACUUUUAAAGGCAAAAAGAAAUAAUAAUACCACCAUGGUUACCAGAAGGGAAUUUCAUUAACUGUUCAUUGACAGGAAUACUUGAAUGUUGGUUUUACAAAGUGAUGUAAAAUGACAAGUUGUACUAUUUAUCCAUAAGGAGGUAGCAGCUCUUAUCUUUCUAGACUAUCAUAGCUGAGCUGCUACUUUUCAACUUUGCUUUUGAUAGUUUUGUGUAAAUAUAUACAUAUAUGGGUAAAAAGCUGCUUUCAGCAGCUCUAGGCUUACUUUUGCAGCAUUUUUGUGGAAUUGUUUGCAACGUGGUAAAAGUGCAAUAAAGAUAUGGCAAAAUGUGUA